GGAGUUGGAGGCGCGCCCAAGCAGCUGGAAGGCCGCAAGCGGAGGAGGCCUGGAGGACAGUCAUUAAAGGUUCUAAGGUGGCCUUCCUCUGUUCCUUCUGCUUUCUUCCACUUUAGCAGCCAUCGUUGUAUUUCCCAGUGAGUCAUCUCUUCUUCUGAUGCAGCCCAAAUGUCAGUACAAUCAUCUCGGCUGGACCGUUUUGGGCUUUAAAGCCUGAAAGUACCAGCCUGUGAAUAUGUCAGAUGAGGAGCCUGAAGAUGAUAAUGAUAUUGAAGAAGAGGAAGAAGACACUGAAGAUAAAGCGGAAAAGGAAGAGGGAGGGGAAGAUGAGAAGGAGGCUGGGGAGGAGGAAGAAGAAGAGGAGGAAGAGCAUCCAAUUUCCACUCCUCUCACGGAGGAUAUGAUGAAAGAAGGCCUCUCACUUUUAUGUAAAACGGGCAAUGGCCUGGCUCAUGCCUUUGUAAAAUUAGAGGUCAGAGAAAAGGAACUGACAGAUAUCACCCUCAUCCAAAAUUUCAUCCACUUACGUUACGUAGACCUGUCAGACAACCUGAUCCGAGACCUAUCUCCACUGUCAAGUCUUAAUCAUUUGCUGUGGCUGAAAGUGGAUAACAAUAAACUAACCAGUGCUGGCAUGGAUGAGUUAUUGUAUCUGCAGAGUGCCAGCUUUGCUAACAACCAAAUAAAAGACACCAAUGGCAUCAACCACCCACGCUUGGCCAGCCUCAACCUAAAAGGUAAUGAAAUUGAGAAGGUAACAGGUCUGGAUCCAGAAAUAUUGUCGAAUCUGCACACACUAGAGUUGCGGGGCAACAAUCUAAAAUCUACAACAGGAUUCGACCUGCCCAAACUCAAAAAUCUGUACCUGGCCCAAAACUCCCUUACCUAUCUGGAGGGCCUGACAGAGCUGGGGCAACUCACAACCUUACAUCUACGUGACAAUCAGCUUGAGACACUGGAUGGUUUCUCAGAGGACAUGAAGUCUCUUCAGUACCUCAAUUUACGGGGGAAUGCAAUUAGUCAAAUUCAAGAGCUGACGAAGUUGCUGGUGCUGCCCAUGUUACGGGCCCUGGUCCUGCUAGACAAUCCUUGUUCUGAAGAAGGGGACUACCGGAUAGAAGUCCUGGUCCAGUUGCCACGCCUGGAACGCCUUGAUAAGGAUUUCUUUGAGGAAGACGAACGGGCUGAAGCUGAAGAUAUACGUCAGCGGCGGAAGGAAGAAGAAUUGGAACUAGAGAGAGAAAGAGAGCAAGAAAAGGAACAAGAAGACCAGGAACUAGAGGACCCUUCCGCAGAGGAAGAAAUACCAGUGGAAUGACAUUGGUGGAGCUGGAGCUGCCUUCCAGAGGUUUCUUUUCUGUCUUGUGCAGCACUAACCUAGACAGCACUGUGCUGGUAUCCAGACGUGUCAGAAGAUUGCUGUGUUGCUGUUUCAGGAGAGCCAGAGUCCCCCUGCAGGGUGGUAAAGGGGGAGAGCUGUCUCUGUGCUUUCAAUCAAGAAUUGUGAUUUGAGGCAUGUGAAUUAAAAAAACAAAACCUUGUCUGAUAAAGCCAAGCUGAGUGUUUUGCUUUCGGCCACCCAUUCCUGCAGCAUUAUCCACCCCUCCCUUCUCCACCUCUCUCUCCAUCCUCUACGUGCUGUUUGCAAAGCUCCCUCGAAAUCCUGACUCAUCACGGCUCUGGGUCACAUGCUGCCAUCAAGGCCCUAUCAGGGGCAGCUCCAUCCCAUCACUGCUGCUGCUGCUCAGAGGACAGAUCAGCUCCCCUUCCAGUCCUGCCUCCUUGAUCUUGCCACUCAGCUCUUCUUAAGUGGUGCUACCUUGGCCAGUCUUCCUACCACUGGACUAGGAAG